AUUUUCUAGAGGAAAGCACCAAAAAACAUCCAUUUCCUUGUCCAUGUACCUAUCGAACAGCGUUAACUCAUUAUGUUGAUAUCAAUUCACCUGUUAAAUCUCACGUUUUGAAAGCUUUGGCCGAUUUUUGUGAAAAUAAUGAGACUAGAGAACGUUUAGUGUUAUUGAGUACAGCGAGCGAGGAAGGAUUGGCUUUGUAUGCCGAUUAUAUUGUCAAAGAGCGCCGUAGUAUAGUUGACAUUUUGGCUACUUUUACUGAUUGCAAACCUCCAUUAGAUUUAUUAUUGGAAAUGUUACCACGUUUACAAGCUCGUUAUUAUUCAAUUUCGUCCUCACCAAAAUCAACAAAUUUAAAAAUUGCAAUCACCGCCCUUUUAAUUAGACACCAAAUUGAUGAAAAAAGAGUUUUCAAAGGAGUCUGUACAAAUUUUUUGUAUAAAUUGUCUGAAGGACAUUCUGUCCCAAUAUUUAUAAGAAAAUCAACUUUGAGACUUCCAAAUAAAUUGUUAACCCCAGUUGUGAUGAUUGGACCUGGAACUGGUUUUGCACCUUUUAGAGGGUUUUUGCAUGAAAGAUUGUGGCAAAAGAAGUCUGGGGGAAAAGAUAUUGGGGAAAUGCAUUUAUAUUUUGGUUGUAGACAUCCGGAACAUGACCAUAUUUAUAGAGAGGAAAUGGAGGAAUUUAUCACUUCUGGUGUUUUAACAGAAUUACAUGUUGCUUAUUCACGUUUACAAGACGAAAAAGUUUAUGUUCAAAACAAACUUUGGGAUAACCGUGAACGUAUUUGGUCUCUUAUAAAACAAGGGGCAGCUGUUUAUGUUUGUGGAGAUGCUCGUAAUAUGGCUAGAGAUGUUCAAAAUACAAUGUAUAAAAUUUUUGAACAAGUUGGUGGGCUCGGAAUUGAGGAAGGUCAAAAAUUAAUGAAGGAUAUGGAACGUCAACGGUUAUAUCAAGCAGAUGUUUGGAGUUAA